AUGGAAGUGAUGCUGCUGGGGAACCCUCUACCCUCUGAUAGAAAGAUGGCGACUUUUCAGACACCCACAGCACCAGAAGGAGGUAGCCCCAAGCGCACUGUGCAUGUUGCCCUUCCGAAUGUCGAAGACAUUAGCAAAGUCAUCUCGGAAAGACGGGAGCAAAAGCUGGCAGUACCCAAGGCAGAUGAACUAGUGAAGAUUUUGGACAAAUACUUGUCCGAGGAGUUUCUGGGCAAAUCCGCGGAACAUGUUGCCAUGCUCACUGCAUGGGGCCCAAAGGCCAUUGCAGAUAGUGAAGGAGAGUUUUGUGAGGUGGCAGCUUUGAUGCGCCUAUCCCUUGCAGCCUAUCAGGCCACCCUUCAGGCCAAUACCUCGGAUUUCCAGUUUGAAGUUGCCCGUGCCGGUGAAGGCCGGGAUUGCCUGGUGAUGCCACCCUCCAAUUUUGCCUUGCUGGGGAUCAAGGACACCUUCCAUAUGUUGCUGAAGGGCUUCAGGGUUCUUCUCAUUGUUCAACCACGCUUCUUCCCACAUUUUCGAGAAAUUCAGUUGAGCCUCAGCUCCUGUGGUUUGCCUGAUGGCCUCGUAGAAGUACUUCCAGGCAUUACUCCAGAAGCCGAUCCUGCAGUUUUGCAUGAGGCCUUGAAACAUGUUGACCGGCUUCAGUUCACCGGCUCCUCUCAGAUGUUCAAAAGCUUGGUGCUGAAAGCCAUUGAGCUAGGCAAUACGCGCAUGGAACACGCUGGGGAAGUCAGUGGCCUCAACAAGGUGCGCCUGAACGGUGUCUCGGCCUCCCACCCGGCGGUUGCCCGGGGCACCGCCUGGGCAGCCAUGGCAAACAACGGGGAGCUGUGCACCUCAGCGUCCCUGGUGGAGUUCGACCCGGCACUGGACACCGUGGAGGCUGUGAAGGGGGCCCUGUUGGAGGCGGAAGCUGCCUUUAAGGCGGGGCGGGAUCCGGCGGAUGACAGCUUGGACAUCCUGCUGCGGGAUGGCAAGGCGCAACAGCUGGAGGUGAAGACAGAGAAGGAGGGCUUCAGGGAAUGGUGGGAGAAGACUAUUUUGGCCAGUCCACAGGAGCAGGUGAAGCUCCAAACCAACCAAUCUCUGGGACAUUGCAUCUACGCACCCUCCAUUGAGAAGGCAUUGGAAGGUGUGACGGAGGAGGCAUCCAAUCUCUACUUCGUUGGCGUUCCGGCGGACACCUUGGCCCCUUCCGCCCGCGCAGGGACCACCGGCGCCAAGCUGCCGGAAAGCACCUUUGGAGGAAUGAAGAGCUAUACCUAUGCCGUGGCGGGAGACCAUGAUGGCGUUGGAACCAUCCAAACCAUCUUCGACAAUACCAGGCGUCGAGGUGCCAGUUGGCGCGAUCAGGAAGAAGCCUUUGCUCAGUAUGAACUAACAGAAGUGGCUGAGAUGUUGCUGGAAUUCCUCUCCCCCAGAGAUCAGCAGACUUUUUCGAGACAGAUCUCCAACGUCCUGGAAAUCUUCAAGGCUUUUGCACCGGAAGUCACUGAGCCAUAUGCAGGGCAAGGUUUGGUGAAUGCGGAAGGUCGAAGUCAGCUGGUGACGCUUCUGGCCUUGAAGCCCAGCAGGAAACAUUUCCUGAUCCCACGAGGGGUGGGAUUGCCCGAGGAUAUCGUGAAGAUGGCGGCCCUGUGUGCCAUGUCUCCACUGAAGGAAGUGCCGGCAGAUUUGCACCUGCUGGAUGCAGCGCAGGCUGGAAAGCUGCGAGUCACCGAUCCCCUGAAGUCCUUCGUGAAGGUGGUGGAAAAGAACCUCAAGUGGAGGAUCCACUACCACUCAGAUGUGGCAGAGCUGGGCUCCGCCCUGGAACAGGCCGAGCAUCCUCCCUACUUUUUCUGCAUCAAGGACCGGCACAUGCUCCCAACGGAGGUCUUGAAAGCUGUGGCUCUGCAGGGAGGCUACUUCUACGAGGGCCUGCCCAGUGACGCCUUCUCGUUAUUUCGCUCGAUGACCGCGACGCAGGCCUGGACAGUGUCCUGCACCACUGAUCAGUUGAAAGAGGCGGAGGAGCAGUUGCUGAAGAGCUGGCAUUCGAAAGGUCUGCGGGAAGAUCCCCACGAGGAGCCUGAAAUCAUCAAGCCCAAGAGUCGGGAGAUGGACAUUGGUGGUGGCUUUGGUGACACAGGGAUACCAACGUCGGAUGACAAAUGGGACGAGCUGUCCGAUGAUUCCGAGUCAGACGAUGAAACGAAGGACGUCAAGGGGACACCUUCUGAGACAUCUGAGAAACCGACCAGUGAUUCUGGUCUCCUGAACGACGUGUGGCGCUGGACUCGCAGGCGGUGCACUCUUCUGGAGGACAUGCAACCGCUGGAAGCUGCCAGGUUUGGACUGGAGUGUAGCUACAAGUGCCAAGACUCUCCGAUUUAUGGUCAGUGGGCACAACUCUUGGAUGCACCAUGGGCACCCAGGGAGGAUGCAGCUGCAGUUUGGACCAGCAGUGGCGUGAUCCUGGCUGGAGGCCGCUCGGCGUUGGGAUACACCAAUGACGUUUGGCUUUGGCAAUACGCUGGCGAGUUUUGCACUGCACAAUGGCAGGGCGUAUGGACCCAGUUGACCCCACAAGCCUCCUGGCUUCCAAGACAUGGUCAUCGCUUGGUCGGCUUCGCUGGCGACAAUGGGGAAGUGGAGACGGUGCUGCUUGUGGGAGGCUUCGGAGGUGAGCCUUUCAACAGUGAGGUCAUUCGAGCUGAAGAGCAGGAUCCAGCUGUUCGACCAAACCCACGGAAUGACAUUUGGUGUGGCAACAAGGACCUACAGAACUGGGGCCAAUGGACACAGAUGGCGCCCAGUGCGCCCUUCUCUGCCCGUGCGCAGUUUGGUGCUGUUAUUGCUCCAACGAUCUCUGACUUCUCCUUCGUUCUUUUUGGCGGCUAUGAUGACAACGUGCCCGGCUGGUGGCGGACCAGUGGAGAUGGAAACUCGGCAUAUCUCGGCACUUUACCGGUGGUGUCCUCUGACCGAGCCCUUCGACUGUUUUGUUUCACAAAGAUGAGCAGCGCAGAGCAGGGGCUGUCAAAAGGAGGGGUUCAUAAGCAGAAUACAGCUGAGCCGGUGGGGAUGACCGAGCCUCCUGAGGAUGCAGCGGCAGCUUCCUCUUCCGAAGGGGCCAUUGGUGCCUACGUGGCGGUGGACUUUGAUGAUGGUCCAGAGACAGGCCUGACGGCUUUGACGUCUGAGGAUGACUUGUGCGAUCCGUGCUACUGGAAGUUCCAGGAGGUCCAUGGUUUUACGCCCAAAUUCAAGGUGCUCUUCAAAGAUGGUUUCACAUCUUUCCUCACCACUUUGCCAAGUACAGAAGAUGGCGUAGUAGUUGAUGAGGACGGAGAUGAGCACCGUUAUGUGCAGAUCAAAGAACUUUCAGAAGCCAAGAUGAAGGACCCAGGAGAUCCUACGAUUUUGAGGCGCGCCCCUGGAGGCUAUGGUUUCAUCGAGGUGGUGGAGGAUGCUUUCGACGAACCUGAGAAGUUGCAAAGGCGGAAGCUGGAAGCUACAUAG